AUGAAGAGUGUUUUGUUUUUCUUCCACUUAGGAAAAUGUUUUCUUAUUUUUCUUUUCUGCAGUAUGAAGCUUAUUCUGUCAGGUGGUGGUAAUGAUAUAAUGGAUUUUAAUGGUCAUGCAAACAUUAGAAAGAAGGCAGAAAAUAAUCAAACAUGGUCAUGCAGUUUAUUUUGUAAUGAAUUAGCUACGGAAUGCUUUCUCCGAUUCAGACUUCUCGUUACAACCGUUGGUGAGGAGAGCCUUCAUAUUUCCAUAGUUUGUUCAGCAUCUAUUGUUUUUCUUCUUCCGUUGGAAUACCGUAUUGUAAGAAAUGGUUUCUUUUUCUUACUGAAGCCAAUUAUUCUUGCAUUUUUGUCUGAGGAGUCUAGACUACCCUUGUGUUUAUUUUUUACAAAAUGGAGUGUUUUUGACAGCAUUUCUUGUAAAACAACUACUCUCUUUAAGUACCUGUCAAUUGCUAUGAAAAUAAAAUAUAAGGCUUUAUGCAAAAAGUUAACUGGUCGCAUAUUCCUAAAGUGGAUUUUUUUUCGAGGAAUUUGGUUGACUUUAGAACAAAUUGCAUUACCUCAUGGCAGUUGGGCUGUCUUUACAAUGAGAACUAUUGCAUUUACUCCUCUUACAUUGUGCUUUAAUAUUUCGCUGUACCCUAAAGCAGCAAUAAGUGUAACAACGAAUCAAAGUUGCCCUUGUAUUUAUCAUUUUAAUUUUUGGCAUAUUAUGUCAUCUUUUAUAUUCAAAAGGGUUGUUUAUAAAAAUGAACCGGUAGCUAAUUCUUUUAAACCACCUUAA